AUGCUUGCAGCGGCCACUUGCAUGGGACCGGACAUUUCCGGGUUUGCCAAGUUUGUGCAGAGCAGCGACUUUCCAGGGUGGAUGGCAUGCCUCGCUUCACCGACAGAGCUUCCAAUGCUUGCUCACGCUUCUACAGCAGCAACAGCAGCGGCAGCAGCAGCAACAACAGCAGGACCAAGUCGCCCGACACGAGCAACAACGGCAACAAUUGUCUCCAACCCGAAGGUGCCAGAGUUGAUUGCGCGCCCGCCAAUGCACCCAUCCAAUCCGUUCAUUCUGAAAAACGACGCUGGCGUGCAUGGAAAUCCCAACCAAGCCCUGGGCUUGUUCAGCCUACCUGCUGAAUUGAUCGAGCUCAUUACCGACAUGCUCAGCCUGCCGGAUUUGUGGCGCCUGUCCGGGACGUGCCGGGCGGCCCGAACGUUCUUUUUCCAACCCGACAUUUGGAUUCGCCGAACGCGACAGUUGCUGGCCAACAAUGGUCUGAAGCCGGACCUGUACAUGGCUAGCAUCGCGCAUGCCGUGUCGAGCGUUCCCACCAACUGGAAGGAGGCAUUCACUCGGUUGCAGCACGUUUCGUUCUGCGCUCAUGUUAGCAUUCUCCCGACAAAUUCGCCACCCGAGCAGCAGUACUUUGACCUGCUUCUCGCCAAGGCCACGCGAUUCCCUGGCCAGUAUCUGUCCGUGCAAUUGCUCGCACGCUACCACCGCCUGCAGCCGUUUUUUGUCGACCACACGGCAAGCAAGCGAUCCCGCCACUCUGCCCUGUCCCGCGCCAUCAUGGCACGCAACUUUCCCAUGGUGAAAUACUUUCUCCACCACAAGGUCUCGCCGAACUGCCAUGAAACUGUGGCCAUGCCUCCAAUCGUGUCGGCGGUCGAAAUCAACAAUGUUGAAAUGAUUCAGCUGCUGGCUGCAGCAGGCGCGCAUGUCAACGGAGAGCCCAACAGCAAGCGAUGCGACUCUUCAUCACGAGCCAUCAUUCGCGCCGUCACUCAAGGAAAGCGCGACUGCGUGGCUGCACUGCUGGCUCUUGGCGCCGACCCCAAUACCAUUGUGUCGGGCUACCAUAGCCAUUCCGUGCUGGCUCUGAAUGUACUGCAGCUAAAUCGCAACGGUGCCACCGCUGCCGAACUUGCGGACGAACUGGAUAUUACGCGACUGCUGCUGGCGGCAGGAGCCGACCCUAAUGCGGGUCAUGCCUUCCAUCUUGCGUGCGAGGGCUCCAAUCUGGACGCCUUGGAGACUCUCAUCAAGCACGGCGGCGACGUCAAUUCGCGACGCACCAAUUCUCUCAAGCUGCCCAUCGAAGUUGCUGCCGCCAAGGGAAAUGUGCCCGCGGCGGAAGUCCUUCUCAAACACGGCUCCUUGCCCGAACUCGGCGGGUUUGCAACCUACCUGCAGAUCAUGCUGGCUGCAAUGAAGGACUCGAGCAAUCUGUCCCCUGAAGCGGAGAGCGACCUUGCGCUUGUCGAUUCCAAGGUCCAAACCACGCCUCGGAUGGUGUUCCGCGAGGAGCAACUCCUCGACACGCUGCGCUGGCUGAUUGAGCGGAACGUUCCAUUCGUGGGCAAGGCGGCCAUUCUUGUGGACGCCGUUCAAGCCAAUGCCUAUCAUCUGGUCGAGCAUUUGCUCGAUCACGCCGCGGACAUUGGUCUGGAUGUCAAUCUCGGCGACUGCAUCGGCCGAACUGCACUGUCACGCGCUAUGGGCUCGGGUCGCUUGCACUUUGUGGACGCACUCGUGCGCCAUGGUGUCGAUAUCGACAUUGCCGACGUCGAUGGCCGGCUUGCGGUGGACAUGGCGUUGCAAGCCGAGCGCUAUUCCGCGCUGCUCAUCCUCGUUCGUCACCAUCCACAAUACUUGCUGGCCUUGCCAGAAGCUGCGCGUGAGCGACUGAUGCCACACCUACCAGAGGACGUUGUGGCUGCAGCGCAAAGGACUCGCCUCGACUCGAAAGUGUCCGAGGCACUUUUGCAGGCCAUCGAGCGCGCUCGCACCCCAGCCAUGUACAUUCCGUCGCCUCUCAUGGACGGUGGCUCCUCACGCUCGUUUUCAGGCAAGCUAUUCCGGGCAUGGCGUUCUGUUACUCGUCGCCUUCGUUCUUAAUAGCUUUUGGUUUGGGUUGUUGUUUCGGUUUUGUGAUUGUUGUUGUUGUUUUGGUUUUUGUUGUCAAAUUUCGAAAUGUACACGAUUUGAGCUUUUGCUACGGUUAGCAAAGCGCUCUAACGCAAAGAUCCGGUAUUAGUAAAGUAAUUGGUGAGUG